AUGGAAUACCUCCAUAGACUCACGCAGAAGAUACAGAAAGAUCCUACAUUUAAACACCAUGCCAAAUGUAAGAAACUUGGUCUCACUAACUUGAUUUUUGCUGAUGAUGUGCAACUAUUUUGUAGAGGUGACCUUGGCUCAAUACAAGUGAUGAUGAACACUCUUAGGAAGUUUACUGCCUCCACAGGGCUUAAACUUAGCCCUUCUAAAUGCAAAAUCUACUAUGGUAGUCUGGAUGAGCAGGAAAAGGAUAUCCUGAGGACUGCAACUAAUUUUGAUGAAGGUACCCUGCCUGUAAAAUACCUUGGUGUUCCCCUCACCAGUAAGAAAUUAUCUCUCCAUCACUACCUUCCUUUGAUUGACAAAAUUGUGAACAAGAUGAAACAUUGGACUACCAAACUUUUAAGCUAUGCUGGUAGAGUCCAGUUGGUUAAGAGUGUAUCUAGUGCCAUUGCUUUCUACUUGAUGCAGUGUUUCCCCCUUCCUAAAGGUGUGCUUCAAAAGAUUGAUGCCCAUUGUAGGAGCUUUAUCUGGACAAGCAGCCAUACCUGUUGA